AUGGCUUACGCUCACUUGUCGUCUUAUUCCUCGGGAAACUCUCUCAAUGAACAGCCGGUCUUUUCAAACCCGGCUCCUCUUCUAUCUUCUCCCGCGAACUUUCAUAAUCUCAACGGCUGCCACAGUAACAGCAGUAGCAGCAACGCAAGCAUUGAGAACAUGGAGCCAGGUGUCAUGUCUACCGUUUCUCGUCAAGCACCAACGUGUUACAGCCUUGGUGGCAACACACUCGGCAAGUACGGCUAUCCUAGCUAUCGUCAAAUGCAAUUCAUGGCCACCAGUACACCCGCACUGCAUACUCCGCCUCCAGAGUUGUCAUAUCCAUUAUAUGAUCCACGUGCUCGGUCAUCGUUGAGUCUCAGUGGCACGCCGGAGCCUGUUGCUGCUCCUACACCCUCCACAACGCUUGUCAAUUACCUCAUGGAAGCCAAUCCUGCUACUUCCCUUGUUCGCACGAUCUCGUUCCCAAGGCGAGACCCGAGUAUCAGACACUUUUGGUGGGACGUCCGCAACAUUCGCCCAUGGAACUCCUUUAAUGCGCAAACCAUAUUUGCUCUUCCUGGCGCUGCCGGCCUUCUUACAACCCCCGUGCAUGCGUCCCUUCUUCCACACCUUAGCUUGCCUUCUCGAAACCCCGAGACCGAGACAUCUCUUCACAGUAUUUACACGUCAUUCUACCUUCCCAAGCUCAACUCUGCCCUUGCCAUCUCUUCAAGUCGUCCGCUGCAGUUCUCUGUGCCAGCCAAGUCGCCCAGCAGCGUCAAGGACUUGCUCUUCGUCGCAAAUGCGGCUGGAGAGUCAUCUAGCGCUGCUGCCAUAUUUGGUGGGAAGCCUCUGGCAAGAGUGGUUGGGCUCGUUCGAAGCUUUGAUCGCUUCAAUACCGGUAUGCGAGUCGAGGGAAAUAUCAAGCGAGUCGAAUACCUCCGCGGCCUCUCGGCUUUGCAUCACGCCAUGCGCGAACACAGCUGCAGGUACGGCUUCAUUCUCACCGAGAUCGAACUUGUUCUUGUUCGGUGCGGUACAGAGUCUACUCCCUUCUUUGGCGAUCUCGAGAUCACCUCUGUGCAACUCUCCGUGACGGCACCUGAUGCCGAUGCCCAAGGGGCGGGUGCAUCGGACGUCUCAACCCCGUUGACUGCUUGUCUUGCUGUCUGGGGCAUGUGCCAGCUUGCGAGCGAUGAAAUGCCGGCAGGAAAUGCUCAUUGGAAGGCAGAGAUUGGUGCUCCCGCCGAGGGAACACGACGCAAGGCCAAGCCUCGCGAUAGCUGGAUGCCACAGCCCCAGCUGGCAGAGAAGCGAGAGGCAAAGCGCAGUCGGGGAUGGAUAUGGCCCGAGGACGCCAUUGGAAGAAAGGAGUUGGGUAAGAGAGGAGUCAAAUACGGUGGUAUAUAA